CUCGAUCUGCAUCAAAACUAUAGCCUCAUUCCUCACUCUGUUUACAAGAUUGUCAGUGCCCAACUGCCCAUUCCACCGUCCGUUUCUGCCGCAAUGGGCUCCGCCGUACUUUGGUUCGCCACCGUCUCUGUCCUCCUGCUCCUCCGCCCUUCUCCGGCGACCUCGAAGACAACUUACAUCGUCCACAUGAAACACACCGAAAAGCCUGCUUUGUUCCCGACCCACCGGGACUGGUAUGCUGCCAAUCUACAGUCGGUAUCCUCCGCUUCAGAUUCACUUCUGUAUACCUACACCACCGCCUACCACGGCUUCGCCGCCGCUUUGGAUCUGGAGGAGGCGGAAUUGCUCCGCAAGGCUGACGGUGUUGUUGGGGUCUACGAGGAUCCGGUUUACGCUCUGCAUACCACCCGCACGCCGGGGUUUCUGGGACUGGAAACUGUUUCCGGCGGCCUUUCUUCCGGCCACGGCUUGCAGGAGCUCAACUUGGCCACAAAGGACGUCAUCAUCGGAGUGUUGGACACCGGCGUGUGGCCGGAAUCGAAGAGUUUUAGCGAUUUUGGCAUGCCCCCAAUCCCAACCCGGUGGCGUGGGAAGUGCGUAGCCGGGCCAGAUUUCAACCCGAAGGUCCACUGUAACAAGAAGCUUAUCGGAGCCCGUUAUUUUGCCAGAGGAUUCCACAUGGCUUCCGGCAUGGGGCUGAUAACGGAGACAGAAUCACCCCGUGAUACGGAGGGUCACGGGACCCACACCGCCAGCACCGCCGCUGGUUCCUAUGUGGCAAACGCUAGCCUCUUCGGUUACGCCGCCGGCGUUGCCCGCGGGAUGGCCAUCCACGCCAGGGUCGCUGCCUACAAGGUGUGCUGGACUUCCGGGUGUUUCGGGUCGGACAUCCUGGCCGGGAUGGAACAGGCCAUCCUCGACGGCGUGGACGUUCUCUCUUUGUCCUUGGGCGGCGGCUCUGUUCCCUACUACCGUGACACUAUUGCAAUUGGAGCAUUUUCCGCAAUUGAGAAGGGGAUUUUUGUCUCUUGCUCAGCCGGAAACAGUGGGCCAAGUAAGGCGACGGUGGCCAAUGUUGCUCCUUGGAUCAUGACGGUCGGAGCCGGAACAAUUGACCGCGACUUUCCGGCAUAUGCAACAUUGGGUACCGGAAAAAGGCUCGCCGGAGUGUCCUUGUACAGCGGGAAAGGAUUAGGGAAACGGCCGAUCGGAUUGGUGUACAGCUCCGGAAACAGUACUUCCGGCAAUUUGUGCCUCCGCGGCUCUCUGGACCCGAAAUUGGUCAAAGGAAAAGUGGUUCUGUGUGAUCGGGGGUCCAAUCCGAGGGUGGAGAAGGGAGAGGUGGUGAAGGAAGCCGGCGGGGUGGGGAUGAUUAUAGCCAACACGGAGGCCAGCGGGGAGGAGCUGGUGGCGGACAGCCACUUACUGCCGGCGGUGGCGGUGGGGAGGACUGCGGGAGACGCCAUAAGGGACUACGUAAAACGAACUAAGAAUCCCACGGCGGUGCUCGGCUUCGGUGGCACGGUUCUGAACGUGAAACCGUCGCCGGUGGUGGCGGCGUUCAGCUCGAGAGGGCCCAACACGGUGACCCCGGAAAUAUUAAAGCCCGAUGUGAUUGGGCCUGGUGUUAAUAUCUUGGCAGCUUGGUCCAUGGCUACGGGGCCCACUGGGCUUCAGCAGGACACCAGGAGAACCCCAUUCAACAUCCUCUCUGGAACGUCGAUGUCUUGUCCCCAUAUUAGCGGGCUGGCCGCUUUGCUCAAAGCGGCCCACCCCAACUGGAGCCCGAGUGCAAUCAAAUCCGCACUCAUGACCACCGCAUACACCAGGGACAACACCAACUCCUCCCUCCGCGACGCCGAGGGGAACAAGCUCUCGACCCCGUGGGCCCACGGAUCGGGCCACGUCAACCCCCACAAGGCCCUCAAUCCGGGCCUCGUCUACGACAUCCGCCCGGCCCACUACGUCAGGUUCCUGUGCUCUCUCGGCUACGCCGAGGAGCACGUCGAGGCGGUCGUCAAGAGAGCGAACGUGACGUGCGACCGAAAGUUCGGGGACCCCGGGCAGCUGAACUACCCGUCGUUCUCGGCGGUGUUCCGAGACUCAAGGGUCGUCCGGUACACCCGGGAGCUGACCAAUGUGGGGCCCGCGGGGUCCGCGUACGAGGUGGUGGUGGACGCGCCGCCGUCGGUUUGGGUCACGGUGAAGCCGAGGAGGCUGGCGUUCCAGAAGGUGGGGCAAAAGUUGAGGUACACAGCCACUUUUGUGUCCAAGAAGGGUGUGAAGGGUCCUAAGAAUGAAUUUGGAUCCAUUUCUUGGAAGAAUGCAGAGAAUCAAGUGAAGAGUCCAGUCGCUUUCUCUUGGGCCCAACUCUCAUAGUGAUUGAUUAUUACAUUCUAUAUAUUUGUCUAAGUUGUAGUGGAGGGGAUUAUGGGCCUUUGGUUUCCUAACAAACUAUGCAGGCCCAAAUGUCAAUUUAAAUUAAGUACAUUCCGGAAUGUGGAUUUCAUGAACUAUCUGGGAAAAAAGGCAAAUGAGAGUGGACUUUGUGUUGUGUUUGGUACUACAAAAAUGAAAUUUGGGAUGCAUGACCCACUAAAAUAAAUCAAUUGAAGAAAAAUGU